UUAAUUUCCUUUCCCCCCUUUUAUAGAUUCUGUGACCAUGAGAGAGAGGACUAAAGACUGACCCAUGAUUUUCCGCACCUUUUCCUGAGGCAGUAGUCAUGUUGGAAGGUCUUGUGGCCUGGGUUCUCAAUACCUAUCUGGGGAAGUAUGUCAGUAACCUGAACACAGACCAGCUCUCAGUUGCACUCCUCAAAGGUGCUGUUGAGUUAGAAAACCUCCCAUUGAAGAAGGAUGCCCUGAAAGAACUGGAAUUGCCCUUUGAAGUCAAAGCCGGCUUGAUUGGGAAAGUGACCCUCCAGAUUCCCUUUUACCGCCCGCAUGUGGACCCCUGGGUGAUCUCCAUCUCUGGCCUCCACUUAAUUGGUGCCCCUGAGAAAAUCCAGGACUUCAACGAUGAGAAGGAGAAGCUGCUGGAGAGGGAACGUAAGAAAGCGCUGCUUCAGGCCCUGGAGGACAGAUGGAAGAGCGAGCGCAAGCAGAAGGGAGAGCCUUACUGGUAUUCUGUCACCGCCUCAGUCGUCACUAGGAUUGUGGAAAACAUUGAGUUAAAGAUUCAAGAUGUCCAUUUGCGCUUUGAAGAUGGUCUUACCAAUCCAUCUCAUCCUUUCGCAUUUGGCGUCUGCAUUAAGAACGUGUCCAUGCAGAAUGCUGCAAACGAGCCUGUGAGUAUGAGAUCUGACCACAGACCAAGAGUAAAACUGCCCUUGGCUCCUCAAAAGUGUUAUGUAAACAAGCCCUGCUACUUGCCCACCUAUGCCGGUGUCCUUUUCUUUUUGAGACUGGUUUCUCUGUAUAGUCCUGUCUUAUGGUUUUAUACACAAGCAAGCUGAGGUGCAAAGGAUUCU